CUGAGUGUUAGACCCGCGCUCUUCCACAUUCCCAGCUCUCCCUCUCACUCUUCCAGGUACACGCCCUUUGACUUGUCAGGGGGAAAAAGUUUUUAAGGAAAGAAAAAAACCUAAAUCACGGAAGAGAUUCUGCAGUCCUACUAGUUUGGCAAGUUCUCUGGGCUCAAAGCGGCGUAGAAAGGCGGAGAAGAGGAGAGAAACUCGCAUCUGUGCACAUUUAUACACUUCUCCUGUCCCACAGACGGUAUACGAGAGAGGAGUCAUGGAGGCUGCCAUUCAGACCCUGGUGAAGGUCUUCCUGAAGUCGACCAAGGGAAAGGAGAGUCUAGGAAAGAAAGAAUUCCAGGGCCUCGUCAAGUCCCAGCUCAGCAACAUCCUGUCGGACACAGACAGCAAGGAGGCGGUCAGCAACAUGGGUCAGGGGCUGGAUGAGAACCAGGAUGGCAAGGUUGGCUUCGAGGAGUACAUGAAGCUGGUCGGCUACCUGGCGGUCUCGCUCAGCGAGCAACGUAGCCUCGCCAAAGAGGAGCCUGCCCAGAAUGCUGCAUCUGGACAGGUGGCACAAAGUACCCCUGACAAAGAGGAGGAGAAACCAGAGGUAAACCUAGAGGCAAAGGAGGAAGCAAAGCCAGAAGCGAGCGAAGAGCCGAAAGCAGACGCAACUGCUGAAGUAAAGGUAGAAGCAAAUGCAGAAGGAGAGGUGGAAGUAAAGGUAGAAGUAAAGGCGGAGGGAGAGACGCAGCCCGAGGUCGCCAAGGAGGAGCCGACAGCGGCAGCGGUGACAGCAGCGGCAGAGGCGGCGGCGGCGGUGGUGGAAGUGGUGGUGAAAGAAGAGGAGAAGGGGGAGGAAACAGACAAGGUGGAGGAAGCUGCAGAGAAGGUGGCUGCGGCUGUGGUGGAAGAAGUGGAGAAGAAGACAGAGGAGGCGACCUCAUAGGGGACAAUCCAUUCCUUCACAAGAAAAUCACACUACACACUUACAUGAAACACUACACAUAUCAUAGCAUUAACAUUGCCAAAAUAUGUUUGUAAGCCACUAAACAGUUUUUGUUUUUAAAAUACACACAACUUUGAAAUACAAAAUAUAGGUAAAAGUUCAAACACUACAAACCCAGCUCUGAAGAAACCCCAUUCCUUAUAUAUGAUAAAUAACACAUGUAUAUGAGCGUACACUCAUUGCUUUGUACUGCUAGUUACCACUAUGUUCAUAUGUACAGCAUGUGCAUCCCACUAUAUAGCACAUUUACCUCAUCAUGAUAAUAUACUAUGAUUGCAUGCAGACGUACACUAUCAUGUGCAUGCCAUGUCCCUGUGAAAACCUCACUGCCAAAGUCUGAUUUCCCUGCACACGAGACCAAAGUGUCACCGCAUGUUCACACACCACUGCAGACAAGAGGUUUGGUUUAAAAUCCUGUCCUCUCCUCACUUUUGACUCUGUCUGGGUCUCUUCCUCCACAGUUGUGUCACGCAGCCCCGCAUCACUUACUGUUUAGUGAAAUAUCACUGGUGUACAUCUUGCAAGGUACUAAUGGCUUAAAGGAAUAGUUUGACACUUUGGGGAACAUGCUCAUUAGCUUUCCUUUCAAGAACACCAAUGAGACAAUUGACAGCAUUCUUGUGUGUCCGUUGAGAUGGAGCCACAGGCGGUUAGCUCAGCCUAGAAUAAAGACUGGAAACAGAGGGAAACAGCAACGCUGGCUCUCUAGGGAACAAAAAACACCCACCAGCACAUUUAAAGCUCACUGGCUAAUAUGUUAUGUCUUGUUUAUACUUCACUUUUUGUACGGAUUAAAGAAACUAAGAUAUAAUUUGUUAAUUAGUGAGCUCGAGAUGUGCUGGGAGGCAGAUUUUGUUUCCUCCAGACAGCCACGCUCGCUGUUUCCCUCCAUUUUUCAGUCUUUAUGCUAAGCUAAGAUAACUGGCUACUGAAUGAAAGCUUUAUGCUUACCAAACAGGCAUUAGACUGAUAUCAACCUUCUCAUCUAACUCUUGGCAGAAAGCAAAUAAGUGUAAAUCCCAAAAUCUCAAACUAUUCCUGCAAUGGUUGCACAAAAAUCAUUCAGUAACACCGUAUCUGUUUUUUUCACAUCCUCAUCUUUUAACCCACAGUGCUAUGGAGCUGAUUUGGCAUGACAAUAAACAAAUUGUUUUGCUGAAGCUUUGCAUUCAGCUCAUCUUAA